AGCUCUUUGAGGCGGUGCGGGAGAUCCUCCCCGAGGUGCGGGAGAUGGGGAUCACGGUGUGGGUGAUGGGCCCCGGAGAUUACCCCGAUGAUGUCAUCAACCUCCAGGCUCUGAUGGACGCCGCCCCGGACACUCCCCCACCCGCAGAGCUUGGCGUCGUGAAGAAUCCGAUGGAGACGGCCAUCUGCAUCUUCACCUCCGGGACCACAGGGUUACCCAAAGCGGCCCGGAUCAGCCACCUGAAGACCCUGAUGUGCUCCGUCUUCUACCAGCUGUGCGGAGCCACCUCCUCCGACGUCAUCUACAUGUCUCUGCCGCUCUACCACAAAGCGGGGGCCCUGCUGGGCUUCGGGGGCUGCAUCGGGGUCGGGGCGUCGCUGGUCCUGAAGGAACGUUUCUCCGCCAGCCAGUUCUGGAACGACUGCCGCAAGUACGACGUCACCGUCUUCCAGUAUAUCGGAGAGCUGUGCCGAUACCUCACCAACCAACCGCAGACGGACGGCGAGAAGAACCACAAAGUGCGCCUGGCGGCGGGCAGCGGGCUCCGCCCCGACGUCUGGAGGGACUUCACUCGCCGUUUCGGGGACGUCCAAAUCUUUGAGACGUACGGCCUGACCGAGUUCAACAUCAGCUUCUUCAACUACACCGGGACCCCCGGAGCUGUGGGCAGAGGGACCUUCCUGUACAAGCAAUUCUGCCCCUUUGAUCUCAUUCGCUUCGAUACCCAGGAGGGGGAGCCAAUCAGAGAUUCGCGGGGGAGGUGCCAGCGCACAAGUACAGGGGAGACGGGGCUCCUGGUGUCGCCGGUCACCCCCACCUCGCCGUUCUUGGGGUACGUCGGCAGCCGGGAAUUGUCGGAGAAGAAGCUGCUGAGGGACGUUUUCCGGAAGGGCGACACUUUCUUCAACACGGGCGACCUGAUGGCCCAAGACGACCUCGGCUUCGUCUACUUCCGGGACCGGACCGGCGACACCUUCAGGUGGAAGGGGGAGAAUGUCGCCACCACAGAGGUGUCAGAGAUCCUGAGUGGGCUGGACUUCCUCCAGGAGGUCAACGUCUAUGGUGUGACCGUUACAGGACAUGAAGGUCGGACCGGCAUGGCGGCCGUCACAUUGCGUCCUGGGAACGAGCUGAAUUUGGAUCGCGUUUUCUCCCAUGUGAUGGAUUUUCUUCCGUCCUACGCCCGUCCGCGCUUCCUGAGAGUCAUGGAACACAUUGCAACCACCGGGACCUUUAAACAACAGAAGCAACAAUUGGUUAAUGACGGGUUCUCACCACUGCUGAUCUCGGAUCCCCUCUAUCUCCUGGAUGAAGGCUCUCACUCCUAUCGUCCACUCACAGAAGACCUUUACUCACAGAUCUUAUCUUCAGAAUUCCGAGUUUAAGUGACCCGCCAUUUUUUUUCUUCUUCUAUUCCGAUUUGGUUCCUCAGGGGCGCGACUCAGCCGAGGCAUAACGACCUCUGACCCUUUAGGACAACCUCUUCUCAUCCUAGUUUGGUAACACGGAGAUUCAGCGGCUGAGGUUGGGUUGGAAGGUCCAUACUUUAGAUCUAGUCGUAACGCCGUAUCUCAAGUGCCUUUAUGACUUCCAGACAUUCCGCCAAUUGGUUUGAUGGACAAUCGACGCCAGGGGGGGGGGGGGGGGGGGAGUCGACUUUUUAUACAAUCGCAAUUCACGAGGCUACAGGGUGGAAAGUUUUUGUUAUUUUACCAAAAUAGUUAUUUUUUAGAAUAUAGAAUUCUAGCGGGACCAAUCAGGAAGCCAUAAACUUUUCUUAUUUACUCAUUUUUAACAAACGACGUCUGCUGCUAAUUUUUUCAGAGACAAAACCGCCAAAUUCACCAAAUUUUGCGCCGAUCUCCGACUUUUAUAAAACAUUUCCCGUCGUCGAGAUGAGUUAACGCUUCAACAGCGAGCGUUCGUACCGCAAUCGGUGAGGGGGCGUGGCUUUAGCCUUGUAUCCCCGCCCACGGGCGUUUUUCUGACCUCACCCCCAUCCUGGGCGCCAGCCCCUUCCCUGCAGGGUGAGACUCUCGCUGGGUUUUCAUGUCUUUUUAUAUUACAGACCGUUGUACUUUUUUUGUAACAUUUUAUACUGCUACAGGGUAUCAAAUAAAGGAUUCAAAAAUGAUC